CAAGGAGCCUCAAUCAGCACAAGGUAAGCAUCUUCAUGAUGGCAGAGUGAAUGAUAUGAUCGAAGAUGGAGGGAGCAGGAUAGAAAAGGCUCGACUUUGACUGGGUGGUAUGGUGGGAUUUGCAGAGUGGAAUGUGAAAGUAUGGGAGGAGUUUGCGCAGCAUGGUACUGGCGAAGAUACUGCACCGACACAAAAGACAAGACGACAUCACUUCACAUACGAUCUCACCUCGCUUUCUUCGAUCUUUAUCAUCUUCGUCUACGUCACUGCAAUUGUUUUUGAACAUUCACUAAUCUGUCUCUCUUCUUUUGCGCAGUCAAUCGCCAUGGUCAAUCUCCGCACUCAAAAGCGUCUCGCUGCCUCCGUCUUGGGCGUUGGUAAGCGCAAGGUCUGGUUGGACCCAGCAGAACAAAACGACAUUGGUAACGCCAACUCCCGUGCCAACGUCCGUAAAUUGAUCAAAGAUGGUCAAAUUAUCCGCAAGCCAGUCGUUGGACACUCCCGUGCCAGAACUCGUGAACACCAUGCCGCCAAGCGUCUCGGUCGUCACACCGGUACCGGUAAGCGUCAAGGUACCGCAGAAUCGCGUAUGCCAACAAAGGUUAUGUGGAUGAGACGUCAAAGAGUUUUGCGUCGUCUUUUGCGCAAGUACCGUGAAGCAGGAAAGAUUGACAAGCACUUGUACCACGAACUAUACAUGAAGUCAAAGGGUAACGUUUUCAAGAACAAGCGUGUGUUGAUGGAAUUCAUUCACAAGGCUAAGGCAGAGAAGGCUCGUUCCAAGCACAUCGCCGACCAAAUGGAGGCUCGUCGUUUGCGCAACAAGAACUUGCGCGAACGUCGUGCCAACAGAUUGGCAGAGAAGCGUGCUGCUAUUGUUGCUGUCGAAUUGGAAUCCGAAGAGAAGAAAUAAGAAGGAAAGGGAUUGGGUUGAAGAAUAUCGGGGUCGCCACGAUGUGGUGUUGUACAGUGAAGGGGGCAAGCAGGAUGGUAAAAAUUGCCGUAAUGGCUAUUCAAAAGUUUUACACACCAAAAGCAUGCACAACAUUCAUGCAUUCAAGCCAUCUCUCUUGUCUCUCUUUGCGGUCAAUACAUUAAUAUUCUUUAUCAAUUCGGACUUUUUCCGCCAACAUUCUCUUUUUUCUGGUUCUUCAUUCUGCAUUCCAUCAUACAUUGUUCCGUUCAUGGCAUGCCUGUAUUACACGCACAUUUCUAUACGAUCUUGUCACUAUUAUCUGAUCUCAUUCAUGAGGUCAAACUUUUGUAGAUUGAUUUGAUUGAGUGACAAUUCUACUCGAUCUCAUCUUUUCUACUUGUUCAUCAUACGCAUUACGCACACUUAUACAUACAAUCAUAGCAUAUGCCAAUGAGCACAUAUGACCCAAAAUUGUUGAGAGAAGCGUGAGAGAG